AAACGUUUGACACGCUGAGCAACCACGAGAAGGCGUGUGCUGUGGUUGGAGGCGGUUUUGGGUGUCUCACAUUCCUCCACAAGAAAGCCUCAAAGAGAGAAGCCACUGUUUCUCACCUGGCAUCAGCCGAGGGAGCAGCACACCUGUGAUCUGGACAGCCUCUACGAGCAGCAAAAUGAGCGAAUCAGCAGAAGCUUUGGCCGCCAACCUCAAAAGCCGAAGAAAUGUCACCAUCGAGAUCACAAACGUGACCAACAACUACUGCCUGCUUGACCCAAAGGUUUACCUGCAGAGUGGAAACUGCCACAGUCCGCCCCAGCCCACCGUGCGACCCCUGAAAACCGAGGUGUGCAACUUCAGCAAGACCAGCGCCAAAGCCUCUGGCGCGGUGGGCGUCCUGACCUACGACCUGUUCGAGAGGAAAAGCAACUGCGCUAAAGAGACACUGGCUAUAAUGUUCUCUGUGCCCUACGACUACAACAUGUACAAGAACUGGGUGGCCGUGGGCAUCUACGACAAGGGAAAAGAGUGCAACGAGAGUCUGUACAAAGAGAUGUAUUACAACAAAGAGGAGGGCUUCGUGCGGGUGGAGGCCAAAGGCUGUGGCCUCACGUUUCAGGGCAAGAACCUGGACAUCAUGUGCACCAUGUCCCCCAUGGGCAGGGCCAUUUUGAAGGUGGAGGUGUGGGACAAGACCUUCAGCCAAAUGUCACAACACCCUUGCUGAGCCAGUGAUGAAGUUCUGGCACACCAGUGUGUUACAUGUGUUUAGCUCUUUGUGCACCUGAGCUGUUGUACCAUGAGUUCACGCAAUAAAUCUACAGUGAGUCUGAUGUGACAAAA